UUCAUUACUCGCGAUAUGUCAAACAUUAAAUUCACAUCGCAUUCGGUCUCAGUUAACAAUGUUUUUAAAAAAAUAUGUGAAAAAUCGUAGAAAAUUAAAAAUUCUUUUACUUGUUACCGUUAUUGCACUCAUUGUUGCCACAAUUGUUUUAUUCAAUUCCAAUAAUGACCAUGAUAAAAUAAUCGAUGUUGGCUUCAUCGAUGUAUUCGAUACAAAAUCCGAGCUACACGAAGAGCAUCCUGUUAUUGUUCCAGAAAAAUACAAUGAACACAAAGUGAAAACACGUCUUAUCAAGGACAAAAUCAAAUAUCUCACACAAAAUCGAGAGCGCGACAGUGAUACGGAUAAUGAAGAGUUUACAAAACUCGAUACUGUUACGACAAAUGUACACAUUUUUUAUACAGCCCCGGUGGCAUGGUAUAAAAAAGGUAAACCACACAAAUUGGUCAAGGAGACUAUUGAUGAAAAUGAUACGGUUGUGAUUCCACAAAAAACACCUAAAGUCCUUAAUACAGCCUUUUAUCCGGCAUUGGGAUUGUAUAAGCCCACAACGGGAGUGCUGCGUAAGCAAUUUGAAAAUAUCAAAAACGCUGGUAUUGGAGUUCUCAUCCUAACAUUGAAUCCGAAAUUAAGUGAAGAUUUGAUUCAGUUGAUAUUAAAUACAGCGCCAAGUUUUAAUUUAACGGUGACUUUUGAAAUUGGUUUGGCAAACAAUCAGAGUUUGGAGUUUUUGAGAAGUCAACUAGAAACGAUUCGAAAGUAUUCGACUUGCGAAGCCUUUUACAGGGUUCUUUCAAUAACAAAGAAUUCUUAUGUGCCUUUGAUAUACGUUAGUAAUGCGUACAAAUUGAAAGAGGUUGAGAAGGUGUUUUGUAGUAGUCAUAUGGAAAAUGCUCGUGAUGUGUUGGAUGCGUUAUUUAUAGGCCAUAUAAGAUUGAAGAAUCAUGCCGAGACAAUGCGUCGUCUUUGUUUUGAUGGAUUCUACAGCAAAGUACCUAGUAAUGGUGCAACAUUUGCUAGUACUUGGAAAAAUUGGUCAUAUCUGAAAUCAUUUGCAGUGACGUACAAAAUGUUAUUUAUCCCAACUGUUGGGCCUGGUUUUGCUGAACGUAACAAAUUUCCACGUCACGGAGAUAUUCAAAGGCAUCGCAGUAAUGGCAGGUACUAUGGAGUAGCUUGGCGAACGGCAAUUAUCAAUCACAUUGGUUUUAUCAACAUAGCCAGCUACAAUAAUUGGCAAGAUGGUAGUCAAAUUGAAGAAGUUCUACCAAGAAGUGGUUUUCUCGAUUAUAAUCCAGGCACACCGAGAAAAUAUUUAGAACUUACUGCUCAUUGGGUUGGAAAUUUUUUGAAAUCUAAAAAACAAUCACAAUCAAAUUGUUAUGAAUUACUAAACAAUACAAUUUGUUAAAAAUAACAUGAAAAAAAAAUAUUAACAAAAAUACAAAUUUCAUCAAUUAUAUAGAAACAAAUAUUCCAGUAGAAAAUGAUUCUAUCCAAUAUUUCAAAUUUUAAAGACUUCUUUUUUCUAAAAAAAAAUU